GAAUGUUGAUAGAUUGUUGUAGCGGAUGGAAACUGAACGAUUGCUUCAUCAAAAAUGAGAUACUAAAGAAAUUGAAUGCAUGCAUCAUGGAAUCUACUAGGUGGAAUUCUGUUUCAUGUGGGGAAGUUAUAUUUGAGGUUUCACUAUGGCCUAAAAGGUUUAUUGUUCACCUUGAGAACAACACAUGUACUUGUAGGAUGUGGGACUUAACAGGUGUGCCUUGUAUCCAUGCUUGUGCUGCUAUAAUGUCUAUCAAGGCCAGGCCAGAAAAUUAUAUACAUGAAUAUUUUACAAGAGACUAUUUUUUAAGAGCCUAUGAGUAUGAAAUAAAUCCAAUGGGAGGUCUUGAUUUUUGGCCUAAAACUAAUGAUGAGCUCAUACAACCACCUUUACUAAAGAGGCCACCAGGGAGACCAAAAAAGCAAAGGCACAAAUCAUCACUGGAAAGGAAGGAUCCACACAAAGCUAAGAGAAAAUAUGGAAUGAUUAGGUGUGGUAAAUGCAAACAAUUUGGCCAUAACAAAAGGUCCUGUAAAGAGAAAGAGAAUGAACAGGAGCUGACAUGAGGAUGUUCCAUUUUCACAAUCCAGAGAAAUGUUUGACAAGACAAGAAGACAGUAGUUCAAGUAGAGAUAGCAGUAUCAGACCUAGAGGAUGAAAUUUUCACUUUGAUCUUUGCUUUGAGUAGUACAUUUUAAACAAUGACUAUUGAUUUUAUAGUGUGUCUGGAUCUUUUUUUACUUAGAUCUAUUUUAAUUACUUAUGGAAUGUUUCAGUAACUAGUAAACAUAUAUAAAAAGAAAGUUAUUCCUUUCCCUGUGGAUACGAACUCUACUACGCUAUACUACGUAUAAGUGUUAGUAUUGAAUUUAUUUUGAGUGCACACACGACAAAGUGCAUGUCAGCAACC